CUGUGUCAAAGUGAAACAUCGUGUUGCUAAAAUGUCAAAUCCGUCAUAUCACAAAUCAGUAAUAGCGUUCUAUCGAUGCAGAUCCGUUUUGUAACCUGCAGACAGUCGAUAACAAAAACAAACUGAACAUAAAGCGGAAAUUUAAUUAAGUGAAAAUGCAUGAACGAAGUGCAAUUGCUAAACCAAGCAGCGAUUUGGGUGCAUGUUCAUUCCAAAAUUGGUACAAAUCAUUUGCCAAAAUAUCGAUUAAGUCGAUUUGCAUCAAAAUACCGGAUGAGGUAAAGCACUAUCUCCAUGACGAAAUCAUUAUUUUACCCAAGGAAUGUAUGAGUAGUGAUCAGUUGAAUCAAGUUCAUGAAGGAUACGAAGAUGAAGACACGGAAAAUUCAGAGCAACCGGAGUUUCCUGAAUUUAGUAAAUUGAUAACCGAGAAAAUAGAUGAACUUGGUGGCUCAGCUUAUCUGAAGACAAAUUGGCAUAGUCCGAAAGAUGCGUUUUGGAUAACGGCCGGACAAACGAUGAAAGUUAAAGACAUUACUGACGUCUACCAGUUAUUAAAAGCGUCGAGUAUCUGUAAGGACGACCUAAACCAACUCAAUGCACCAAUCGAUGUUGACCAAGAAGGCAGUAGCGUCGCUGUGGACAGAGACGUGUACUUGGUUUUGAAGAAGUGGCGAGAGAUACAUCCAGGAACGGAAUUCCGUUGCUUUGUCAGAAAUAAGAGUCUAAUCGGAAUAUCGCCAAGAGAUUGGCCACAAUAUCAUGCACACAUUCAUACUCAAAGACGGGACAUUAUCAAUGACAUUUUGUCGAUGUUCAAGGAGCAAAUUAAAAACAAGUUUCCACUCAACGACUAUGUCUUCGACGUUGUACGAGAUGCGAAAGACCGAGUGUAUCUGCUGGACUUUUCGCCAUUCGGUGAAAAGUGGUCCGAUUCAUUGGCAUUCGAAUGGGGCGAUUUGUUAAACAUUGCCACGGGUAAAGAUGAUCCGGAAAUUCGCUACCUGAGCGCAGACUGUGGCAUACAGCCGAGAAAAAGUAACAAUUAUGGCGUCCCAACCGAUAUAAUUGAUGUGUUUAAGGCAUCUAGUGAAGAAGGCUACAACACUUUGAACGAUUUUUUAGAGAACCGCUUGAGCAAUGCAGUCGAUGCACACAAUCGGGACGAUGAUGACGUUGACGAUGCUGUGUAAACUUAAUAUUCUGCAAUAAAACUGUCCAAUUCGUUACAUAAAA